UUUUUUAGACAAAAGUCAAACGAACGAAACGAAACAAGUUUUUACUCGUGUGUUGUGUGUGUAAAGUUUUCAUGUGAAUUAUUUUUCCACUUAAUAAUUAUUUACUCAUCAACCGAUUUGGAAUAUCGUUGUGUCCUUAAAUCAAAUUACGUUAUGUGCUUCUAAUGACGACAGAUGAAGACAUGCACCAUGGCUGGGAAAGAUGAGUGUGAAGAUGAAGUUAUUUGCCAAGCGUUCAUGGUGAAGAGAUCCCAGAAUAAGAAACGCUUCACUCCGGUGAACUAUAAGGAGCGCUGGUUCAUACUCACUAAGAAGUUCCUCAUUUACUAUGAUACUGAUGGAGAGCGACGCAAGGAGCGCGGGCGCAUCGCCACCGAGUCCAUCCACACGGUGGAGCAGGCGCAGCUCGGCGAGCUCAGCAAGCAGAUCCCCGACGGAGACGCGGAGAAGAGCCCGCUCUUCCGGUUCCCCUUCCAGGUGGGCUACACGGAGCUGAGUAACGACUACACGUUGUAUCUCGUCGCUGACGGCUUCGCGGAGCGCCUGCAUUGGAUAACUACUAUCAGGAGCAUCUGCGUAGCGAACCCGCGGCGCGCGCGCUACCACCCGGCGGCGUGGUCGGCGCGCCGCUGGGGCUGCUGCAGCGGCGCGCGGCGCGCCCCCGGCUGCGCGCUCGCCGCCGUGUGGCCGCUGCCCGAGCCCGAGCCCGAGCCCGCGCCCGACACACCGGUGACAGCGGUAGUGACGAUGCCGGGGGGAGGGGGCGCCCCUCCGGGCACACCCUCGGCCAAACCAAAGGAAAAACCACGACCAAAAGUAGUGGUUGCGCUGUAUCCCUUCAAAGCUCAAGAAACUGGUGAUCUCUCGUUAGAAAAGGGAGCGGAGUAUGAGGUGAUCGACGAUUCUCAGGAGCAUUGGUGGAAAGCCAAAGAUGAGCAUGGGUCAGUUGGAUACAUCCCAAGUAAUUAUGUUAAGGAAAAGGAGUCGUUAGGAUUACAGAAAUAUGAAUGGUACGUAGGCGAUAUGUCUCGGCAAAGGGCAGAAUCUCUACUAAAGCAAGAAGACAAAGAAGGCUGUUUCGUGGUUAGGAACUCUUCUACGAAAGGAAUGUACACACUCUCCUUAUUUACCAAAGUCAACCACCCGCAAACGAAGCACUACCACAUAAAGCAGAACAGCCGCGGCGAGUUCUACCUGUCGGACAAGCACUGCUGCGCGAGCAUCCCCGAGCUGAUCAACUACCACAAGCACAACAGCGGCGGGCUGUGCUCGCGGCUGAAGACGUCGCCGUGCGACCGCCCCGCGCCGCCCACGCCCGGACUGUCGCAUGACAAAUGGGAGAUCGACCCUUCAGAGCUAGUCCUACUAGAAGAGCUGGGCGCGGGCCAGUUCGGCGUGGUGCGGCGCGGGCGCUGGCGCGGCCGCAUCGACACCGCCGUCAAGAUGAUGAAGGAGGGCACCAUGUCCGAGGACGACUUCAUUGAGGAGGCCAAGGUUAUGACCAAACUCCAACACCAGAACCUAGUGCAGCUAUACGGCGUGUGUUCCAAACACCGGCCCAUCUACAUAGUGACUGAGUACAUGCGGCACGGCUCGCUGUUCAACUACCUGCGACGCACCGCGCCCGACCAGCUGGGCCCCGCCGUGCUACUGGACAUGUGCAUACAGGUGUGCAAAGGCAUGGCGUACCUGGAGCGGCACAACUACAUCCACCGGGACCUCGCCGCAAGGAACUGUCUAGUCGGCGACGAGAACCAAGUCAAAGUGGCAGACUUCGGCCUAGCGCGAUACGUGUUGGACGACCAGUAUACGAGCUCCGGGGGCACCAAGUUUCCUAUCAAGUGGGCGCCGCCUGAAGUGUUGAAUUACACGAGGUUUUCCUCCAAGUCUGAUGUGUGGGCUUUUGGUGUGCUGAUGUGGGAGGUGUUCACGUGCGGCAAGGUGCCGUACGGGCGCAUGAAGAACUCAGAGGUGGUGGAGAUGGUGCAGCGCGGGCAGGUGCUCGAGAAGCCGAAGGGCUGUCUCAAUGAGAUUUAUAAUGUGAUGCGGCUGUGCUGGCGGCACGCGCCGGACGAGCGACCCUCAUUCCGGCUGCUCAAGGAGGAGCUCGCGAGCGUCGCGCAGACCGUGCUCGCCGACUGACUGCGAUUACUGCUGCAGCUGCUCGGCUCGGCGCCCGGCCCGCUCUAGGAUGCACCAAGACAACGACUUGGGGAGAGAAUCUCGCUUGACACUUUUGGGUUCCUGCGAUAAAAUACCUUGCCCGCGGUCAUCGCCCGCUCUAGGAUGCACCAGGACAGUGGGGAGAGCGUUCUCGCUUGACACUGUUGUGUGGUCGUUCAAUGCCUACGAUAGAAUACCUUGUGUGAACGCGCAGUCAGCUCAAAUGCACCUUUACGUCGACGUGGGGAGAGCGUUUUCGCUUGACACAUGGCAGCCCGCAUUAGCCCUCCCGUCUAUGUGCAGAGAGUGCGUGUUUGAUGGACACAGCUUUGAGUCGCGGCAUACACUCUUUCACCGACUGCGACGUGGAGAGAGCGUUUUCGCUUGACACAGUUGUGUGUUCGUUUGAAGGUGUUAGAUAAAAUACCAUGCGUCUGCGCGCGGAGAGUGCGUUUGCUUGACUCGGUUAAUUGUUCGCCCAGACUGCUUGAGCAAUGACUGGUAUUACCUACUGUCGGGCCUGAAACUGCUAUUGCCUACUUUGAAAGGAUUUUGUUGCAUGCAAGGUCCGUAAAUUCCUCCAGUGCAAACUGAAAUCACGGAUAUGAUACAUGGCGGCGCCCCAUGCUUUUCUCUUCACUAUGAAGUCAAAACAAACAAACGCUAUCGAACCAUUUAAGCCUGGAUGUAAAGCAUAAAUUGGCAGUUUGAAAACAAACGUGAAAGUAUUAGAAUGAGCUUAAACGCCGACUGAGAGAUAGUCGCUGCAAACUAACUAAAGUAUUAUUCUCGAAGCGUGUGAAAUGUGAAAGAAUGAAUGCACUAAAAGUAAUAUUCGUGCAUUUGGAUCUCAAAACAUUCCCUUCAAAUUAUUUUAUUGGAUACAUUGAUUGUGGACGUCAGUAAGAAUUUAAACAAAGACUGUUUUAGACGCAUUUUUGAGCAAAGCUCUGGUUGUGAUAACUGUGUGUUUAAAUGUUGUCGAAGCUUUUAGAUGACGCGCACGGCUUAGCAGCAACCAGCGCAUCGCGGACCGAACGAAUACUUUUUUAAUAAUAGCACAUUACAUAAUUAUCCCAUUCAAUAGUGCAAUAGCCAUUAUAUGUAGGAAUAAAUGUGAUAUUACCCAUUUGAUAUCUCCAUGUUGGUUUAGUAUCAAAUUGUAUAUAAUAAAUAUCACUAUUUUAGAUACUAGUCUUAUAUAUACUGAAGAUUUUUAGCGAAUUAACAUUAAAAACAAACAUAUACCUACCCCAUGCACAUUAAAACUUGUAGAAAAUGCUUUUAUACUGUUUAAUACCCUAUGUAGAAAACGAAUACUGCCGUCAAGAUCUGUAUAAUUUCAAAGUUAUUAUAUGCAUCUUUCAAUGGGUUCCCUUGCUUUAUUAAAAAAUAUAAUUGAAUACAGAUGAAAUUUGAUAUUGGUCACAAAGUAAAAUAUAGAAACUUGUUUCUUUUUGUGUAUGUUUAAGCUCCAAUGAUUUUUUGGGGUUUUCUAAUCACACAAGAUUUAUUGUUUGUAGUAGUCGCCUAAAUUUAUGCCAGUAUUUUCCGUCACAAUUAUAGCUUACAGUCGUUUCUUUGACUGCUAGUCAUAAUUUCGUCAUAAGUCUACUCGUAAAAUUCUUUAUCAUAAUUUCAUGAUUAAUUGAAUCGCAUUUUAACGACUGUCUUAUUUGUGUACGUACCUAUGUAAAAUAAACUUGCAUAUCAUCAAAAUUACAAAUUCAGACAAUAAAAAUAUGCGGUUGGUCAUCGCCAUCGAUCACAUAGUUAUUUGAUAAAAUUUUGACCAUUAGUGACAAACAAAUAAAUGUGCCAAUACCUUUAUGUUCAUGUCAUGUGAUUGUAAUUUAUUUGUCUCACUGGAUUUUUACUUUUGUAUAUUUUGAUGUCAUGACAUUCCUAAAACUAAAUUUGAAUCAAUUAGAUAACUAAAUAUAAGUUUGUAAAUAUGUUUUAUGUGAUAUAACUCGAAUGCGUAGUCAUAAAUAUUUAAUAAAUGUAAUUAUUAUUAGUAAAUAUAGUUAAUUUUAAGCUUUUAUUUCACAGUGGUCUCGUUAGAGACAAUCAUAAUUAUUACGACAAAAUAACAGUACAAUAUUCUAAACUUUAAAUUAUGAAUAAUAUAGGUUCAUUUAGUGUAAUUUGCUUCGGAAUUGUACAGCGAUUAAUUUGUAUAACUGUUUUUUAAAACUAUCAAGCCAAGUAAACAAUGAUUAUAAUAUA